UGAGAGAAAGAAAAAACACCCCAGAGUGUGACAUGGGAGAGAAAUAAAAAAUGUUUUAAAAAAAGAGCCCCCGCGGGACACAUGUUGGGACGACUGGCUUCCUGGUGGCGCGUGUAGGUCGCCAGACAACCAGCCGGCUCUUUGAUUGGAGCAGCCGAACCAAAAGCCUCAUGGGGAUUGGCUGCCGCCGCCGGACGUUUGCUUCCUGUUUCCAGCCUCGAGAGAGCGUUGGAUCAACCUGAAAACACACACACACACACACACACACACACAGUUUUGGCAUGAUUGUAGCUUCCUGAUUGCCAUCUUGUAAACACCUCCUCCUGCAUAACACACACACGGCGAGCCGGGCGCUCGCCUGCCCGUGCAGCGCGGACGCCACCGACCUGUCAGCGAUGACGUCACACAGCCACCAAGGGCGUGUGCGUGGGCGUGGGCGUGAGCGCCUUUUAUGGCUCUGAAACGGCGAACUUGACACAGCGUUCUCUUCCCCGAAGGCUCAGCGAUAUCUGAAGUUACAAGCGCAACCAGUUCCAGGUUUCACAUACGACCUCGAAGGACAACAACAACAGUGACGGGGGAAUGAAGUAAACGAGGGGCUCCUGGGGAAGGAGCAGCCGCUGGAGGUUCUGAAGACGUCGGCGCUCAACCACAUCCCAACAGUGGACAUCAACUCGGCGCUGCCCCUGCGUCUCCCUCCGGCCGCCAUCCCCAUGGACCUGCGAGUGGACCAUCACCACCACCAGCAGCAGCAGCAGCAGGUGUCCUCGCUCUCGCCGCCCGGUCAGCAGUCGUCCGGCCCGGGGUUGCUGGGGGGCACGUGCCAGGCCGGCGGGGGCGUGCGCGAGCAGCAGCUGCAGCAGGAGCUGCUGACCCUGAAGCAGAAGCAGCAGAUCCAGAGGCAGAUCCUCAUCGCCGAGUUCCAGCGGCAGCACGAGCAGCUUUCGCGCCAGCACGAGGUCCAGCUCCAGGAACACAUUAAGCAGCAACAAGAGCUUCUGGCCUUGAAGCACCAGCAGGAGCUGCUGGAGCAUCAGAGGAAGAUGGAGAACCACCGUCUGGAGCAGGAGCUGGAGAAGCAGCAGAGGGAGCAGAAACUGCUGCUGCUGAAGAACAAGGAGAGGGGACAGGAGAGCGCCGUGGCGAGCACCGAGGUGAAGAUGCGGCUGCAGGAGUUCGUCCUGAACAAGAAGAAGGCCCUGGCCCAGCGGAGCCUCAACCAAGGAGGCCUCCACAAUGACGCUCCCUACUGGUACCGCAAAACACAGCACAGCUCUCUGGACCAGAGCUCGCCACCGCAGACUGGCUUGUCCACCUACAACCACCCUGUGCUGGGGGUCUACAACCCCCGGGACGACUUCCCACUGCGAAAGACUGCCUCGGAGCCCAACCUGAAGCUGCGCUCGCGGCUGAAGCAGAAGGUGAGCGAGCGGAGGAGCAGUCCGCUGCUGCGGCGCCGGGACAGCCCCAUCACCACCGCCAAGAAGCGCUCGCUCGACAUGGCAGACUCUGCGUGUAGCAGCGCCCCCGGCUCGGGCCCAAGCUCCCCGAAUAACAGCUCCAACAACAUCCCCAAUGAGAACGGCAUCACCGUGUCCAACAACACGGAGGCGUCUCUGGUCCAGAGGCUGUGCAGCGGUGCCGAGCGGGGCUCCGUUAACCAGCUGUCCCUCUACACUUCGCCAUCCUUGCCCAACAUCACCCUGGGGCUGCCCGCCACGGCCACGGCCACUGCUGCUUCCAACGUGACCUCGGCGCAGCAGGAUGGAAGUCUGCAGCCGGCCCUCUCCCUCAGCCCUCCCUUCCUCUCCGGCGGCCACUUGACCACCUACCUGGCCGAGGCUGCGGCCGGAACGGGCGGGCACGGCGCCCACAGUCCACUGCUUCAACACAUGGUGCUCAUGGAGCAGAGCCCGGCACAGAGCCCCCUGGUGACAGGUGUGAGCGGCCUGUCGAUGUUGCCGGCAGCGUCCAUGGCCAAGCUGCAGCGGCAGCACCGGCCCCUGGGGCGGACCCAGUCGGCCCCCCUGCCCCAGGGGAGCGCCGCGCAGGCUCACGCCCAGGCCCUGGCCCUGCAGCAGCUGGUGGUCCAGCAGCAGCACCAGCAGUUCCUGGAGAAGCACAAGCAGCAGUUUCAGCAGCAGCAGCUCCACCUCAACAAGAUGAUGACCAAGCCCAGCGAGUCGCCCGUCGGCCGCCAGCACCAGAGCCACCCGGAGGAGACGGAGGAGGAGCUGAGGGAGCACCAGGACGGAGGAGCUCUGCCGCCGGGGGUCACCAUCAAGCAGGAGCCCCCCGACCCGCAGGAGCUGCAGGAGGAGGCCCUGCAGCAGCAGCACAGGGAGCGGCUGGCGGAGCAGGAGCUGCUCUUCAGACAGCAGCAGGCCCUGUUGUUGGAGCAGCAGCGGAUUCAUCAGCUGAGGAACUACCAGGCCUCCAUGGAGGCUGCCGGCCUCUCCAUCUCCUUCCCGGGACACCGCCCCCUGUCCAGGGCCCAGUCGUCUCCGGCCUCGGCCUCCUCCUUCCCGAUCAGCGUCCCGUCCCUCGAACCUCCGGUCAAGCCCCGCUUCACCACAGGCCUGGUGUACGACUCCCUGAUGCAGAAGCACCAGUGUAUGUGUGGAAACACCAACAGCCACCCGGAGCACGCGGGCCGGAUUCAGAGCAUCUGGUCCCGGCUGCAGGAGACCGGCCUCCGAGCGCACUGUGAGUGUAUUCGUGGGAGGAAGGCCACUCUGGAGGAGCUGCAGACGGUUCACUCUGAAGCCCACGUCCUGCUGUACGGGACCAACCCUCUCCGACAGAAACUUGAUUGUUCAGUCACUCCCAUGUUUGUUCGCCUACCGUGUGGAGGGGUGGGGGUGGACAGCGAUACCAUUUGGAACGAGGUCCACUCCUCCAGCGCGGCUCGGCUCGCCGUCGGCUCCGUGGUUGAACUGGUUUUCAAAGUGGCCACCGGAGAGCUGAAGAACGGUUUCGCCGUGGUCCGCCCCCCCGGACACCACGCCGAGGAGAGCACUCCCAUGGGUUUCUGCUACUUUAACUCCGUGGCCAUCGCAGCCAAGCUGCUGCAGCAGAGACUCAGCGUCACCAAGAUCCUCAUCGUGGACUGGGACGUUCACCACGGCAACGGCACCCAGCAAGCGUUCUACGAUGACCCCAACGUCCUCUACCUGUCCAUUCAUCGCUAUGACGACGGAAACUUCUUCCCUGGAAGCGGAGCGCCUGACGAGGUGGGCAGCGGGCCCGGAGUCGGGUUCAACGUCAACGUUGCCUUCACCGGAGGCCUCGAUCCACCCAUGGGAGAUGUGGAGUACCUGGCAGCCUUCAGGUCCGUGGUGAUGCCCAUCGCCAACGAGUUUGCCCCGGACAUCGUGCUGGUCUCCUCCGGCUUCGACGCCGUGGAGGGACACCCUCCCCCACUGGGCGGCUACACUUUGACGUCUAAAUGUUUUGGCUAUCUGACCAGGCAGCUGAUGACCCUCGCUGGAAGCCGGGUGGUCCUGGCUCUGGAGGGGGGUCACGACCUCACCGCCAUCUGCGACGCCUCUGAGGCCUGCGUGGCCGCCCUGCUCGGCCAGGAGCUGGACCCGCUGCCGAAGGCCGUCCUGGAGCAGAGGCCCAACCCCAACGCCGUCCGCUCUCUGGAGAAGGUUCUGGAGACUCACAGUAAGUACUGGGGCUCGGUGCAUCGCUGCUCGCCGCUGCUGGGGCUCUCUCUGCUGGAGGCCAAACGAGGAGACUCGGAGGAGGCCGAAGCCGUCAGCGCCAUGGCCUCUCUGUCUGUGGCCAACACCAACGCCAUGGAUCAAAGGCCGGAGGAGGAACCCAUGGAAGAGGAGGAACCGCUGUAACUGAGGGAAACACGAGGGUGUCACACUGUUACCACUGACCUCUCCGGAGAAGAGUCUCGACUGCUUCCCUUCAUUUAGUCCCCCCUGACCCCACUCACCACGUCGGUCACAUUGAUUGGCGGCCCCUCGGCCCCAAAAAAAAACGAGGGAGAGGGGGUGGGCUCAGCCUCAGAGUAGGGAGCCAAUCAGGAGACAAGGACUGAAUUGGAAAAAAAAAUUAAACAUAACAAGCGCUGCUUGGCGGGCACUCGCUCAGAGACACUCAUUUUUUUUCCGGGUAGCCACAGCGGCUAACCAAGUGACCGAGGCAGCGGGGAGAUGGGCGAGCGUACGAGAAAGACCGCAGAAAGGUGCGACGAACCCUUCAGAAACAUACGGCGCUUUACACGGCUGCCCUCUGGCCCCCGAGGACGCCGGGGGGGGGGGGGGGACGUUCCCAGCAGCCAAUCGCAGCUCGGGAAUUUCUUUUUUCUUUUUUUGCCCUGCGAGACAAACGUGGGCAUUACGGUCGACCGAGAUGCUAUUUUUACGAUACGAUGCGUUCACUGUGGACUUUGGGUUCGGUCCGAAGUUUGAGUCGGGCCUUUGCAAAGAUUUGACGACGAGACUGUCACCUCGCCGGACCAGCCUGUCGUUGGGGGGGGGGGGGGGGGGGGUUUGACGAGUGAGAGGAGUGCCUUGGUGAGGGUCCGCUGGAUUUCAGGAUUGUUCAGGAAAAGAUUGCCUUAAGUAAAAAAAAAAAAUAAAAAAAAAAGAUUUCUCUCGCCGAGGAAUCGAAGAGGGGGGGGGGGGGGGGGGCAGAGAGUUCCCGUCUCUUUCGGGGCGGGGCGAGAAUGACAAAAACAAAGCAAACAAUCUUUCAGCAUGUUUACUUGGAAACGUGACGAAGACAACCUUUAUGUCUCUCACAGCCUCUCUUGAAGAGUUACUUUACUUUUGGAUGGAUCUAUUUUUCUGUAAAAAAAAUAAAUAAAUAAAAUGGACAAAAGAUAACCCCGCUUUGUUAUAAAAAAAAAAAAUAAACAAAAAAUAAAAAGGUAGUUGCCAGCUUCGGACACGGAGACCUUCGAACAAGGAAAUCAGAUUUAAAAAAAGGUUCAGCCUUUGAUGUAGCUUCCCUUUAACCGAAGUCGUUACUUCGUAAACACAUAAAAGCAUCAAAGCAUGCGUUGGAGCGGAGAGACCGGACGUUUUCUUUUUGCAAGAUUUUUUUAUUAUUUUUUUUGAAUGUUAUCCAAAAGAGGAAAGCCAAGCAAAAGAAAAGCCAAAGCAUGAGUUUUUUUUUUGCAUUUUUACAGUAAUACUUUCACUCCAGACAUUUCUCGUAUUGGCCCUUUACAGAAAAAAAGGCUCCCGGUACCCAGUUCAAUGUUUACUGAUUUAAUCCUCACGCAUCAAAAGUGAGCGUUUUUCCUGACGCGUGCCGAUCGGCCUCUUCGCCGGUCGGCGACUCCCUUGUGAGCUCCACAUCGGUCGUGUGUAUAUUGAAUUGAAUAUAUUUUGAGGGGGGCGGUAAUCGAGUGCUGACCCAUUUGUAUCUACAUGUAUGAUCUCCACAUCAAGUUGUCGAGUUUACAAUAUCAAAAAAAAAAAAAAAAAAGUGUUUGGUAAGCGUGUCCACUUUUUAUUUUUUAUUGUGUAAGAUUAUUUUUCUAACUUUUCAUCCAUAGAUUUUGUUUCCGUGUUUUUAUCCGUUUUCUGGAUAGUUAUAGGGCUGCCAUUCACCAACUUAGUACUAUUGUCACAAAUUUUCUUUCUUUCUUGUAUUUAUCAAAAAUAAGGAGCAACCCUUUCUUUCUUUCUUUCUUUCUUUCUUUCUUUCUUUCUUUCUUUCUACGGCUCUCGGCCUUUCUGCAUUUUCAUCAAUCGUGUAUUUAUAUAACAUGUACUGUUUAUAGAAGAUUUGUAUAUGGAAAAUUUAUAAAUGUACUCUUAACUAAUGACAGCUAUGAUAUUGUGAGCGAAAAAAAAACCAGUACGAUAUUACUCCAUGAACUCCGACACAAGGGGAAAAGAUAGCAGCGUAUUUAAACCGUCUUCAAGUCGCCCUCGGGGGUCGUUAACCGACUUUUUGAACGCCUUUCAAGAGUAAAACGUUUGAUCACUUCGUUGCCUAAUCGAUACAUUUUUCCUCUCGUGCGUGGGCGAUAACGCACUUACCUUUUCGACUGUGACAACAUCACGCAUCCCAAAGAGAGAGAGAGAGGGGGGGGGGGGGGGUUUCGAGACCGUUUUAUGUAGCCAGCUGAGUUUUCCUCAGCGGGGAAAAGAGAAGGAGGGGACACGUCAAAGGAAGUGGGAGUCUGAAUGAGGACGAGGAUGGAGGGACAUCUGUGAGCAUGUGUUGCACUAUAAUGUUUAAUCGGUCUCCUUCUCCCCUUUUCCCUGGUUCAAUUCAACUGAUCUGACACCAG